GGUAAGUAAAACUAGUGUUUUUGUGUUUAUAUUUUUUCCAUUUUUGCACAAUCUGAUUCUUUAUUUAUGCACAAGCUGAAUAUUUUUUCGCAUAUUUUGCAUAUUUUGUAGAACAUGGAUAAUAAGUUUACAUUUCGUUAGUGGUUUGGUGGUAAAUUUGUUGAAGUAAAAGAUGGUGUUGUUUAUGUUGGGGGGAUGGGUAGUUAUUUUUCAGUUGAUCAUGUUGAUUUAUGCUUGAAUGUAAGAAACAAUGUUCUUUUGCAGCAGAAGCAAUGAAUUAGAAGAAAUCAGUUUUAUCAAAUUGAUAUUUUCCAUACAAAAUAAACCUUGCUUAGACAUUACAUAAUCAUCUUCUUCUUGAAUUUUGCAUUCUACUUCUUAGAAAGGACAAUAUACAUUACAAACAUAGCCCAAGAAAUAAACAACAUGAAAAACAGGUUCUUCCCCCUAGCUACUGCUUCUUCAAUUCCAAUUGUAGGUUGUUAAUUUCAACUUUGUAUUGUUGUUUCUUCAACAGGACUUUGUCCAUCUUAUACUCUGCUUUUUUCUUCAUCUCACCCAAUUCCUUCAUCAUCUUCUUUGUCUCACUCAGCUUCAAUUGCAAGUCUUGUUCUUCUAGAUAAAUACAUUCUUUUGCCCAUUUGAAAAAUGCACAGUCAUCAUUCUUUAAGAAUACACACAGAUUUAGACGGCUAAUAAACCUAAAAAAAUGAUUAAACCUAAAAAUUUAAAAAGACUUACAGGCCAAUUAGGGCAUCCAUAAAACCUUUCUCCCAUGUUUGAACCCUACCUAACCAUACGAAGUUUAGCAUUGAAUCCAUGGUGGCAAUGAAUAGUUUGAGGAUUUGAACUUCGCAGGGUUGAGGAAGAAAAAGCCAUUGACGAAUCUAAAUGGUUACCUUACUAUUUGAUAGCUACGCCAGUUUAAAUCUAUAAAACUUCAACAUAUGAAUAGUAAUGAUUAUUAAGGGUUACCAUUUACCUAAACAUCUUUAAAAGCGAACAUACCACAAAGUUCAAGCCUUUAAAAAAUAAACUCAAAUUUAAACCUUUAUAAACAAAUAAGCCAAAGUUCAUACCUUUCGGAUUAAAUUUUCCCAAAAAUAAAAAUGAAAGUAAGAACUUUUUUUUGAAGUUUCAAUAUCAAUUGGCUCACCAAACUACAUUACCCGCUCUCUGUCAGCAAUAAAGUAAGCCUUCAUCUCCAAUUCUAUGAGCAUUUAUUGAUGAAAAAGAGCCAUUGUAGAGACUUCAAUUUGUUUAUAAGUUCAUCAAAUCAUUUAAAGUUGCCUCUUUAUUGAAGGGUAUUUGUUGCUUUCAAGUGGGUAUCUUUCCAAUCUCUUGUACUUUGUAUUUUGCUCAUUAACUGUGAUGGGUUCUUCCUUUUUUCUCUAUUAGUAAUGGAUUUUUUUCAUUUCAAGCUUUGCAAGGUGAGAAGUAAUUCUUUCUGAUACUGAUUGUCAAACAAUUAGGGUUAAUUAGAAAGUUUGUCCUUGACAUUUUGAUAAAUUUUCAUGACCAAUUUAAUUGGAUUUUGGGGUUGCUGCUAACUUUUGAAAAAAAUUGGGCUUUUGGGUAAAAUUGUUGAUACUAGAAAUGCAUUUUGACUUGAAUUCUUUAGAGGAUUUUUGCUGUUUUUUCCUGAGCUGAGAAUUGGAUAAAAUUGUUGGUUUGUUUGAAGGAUUUGAUUCUUUUGUUGAUUAAAAAAAUAUGGAGUUUUUUAAUUGAAAUUAUGGGAUUCUAUAAAAAAAAGUAUGCCAUGGUACUUGGACAAAGAUACUUGGAUCAAAAUUGGAAGUUGGGGUUGUGGGAAUUGGAUAGCUAACUGGGUAUUUAGAGUAAGAAUACAGAAUGCAAAUGGAUUUGUGGGUUAUAGCAGCUGCUACUAGUGCUGGAUACUUAGCUAAGUACUGGAAGGAUGUUUUAGGGGACAAAGACGGUUCAUCAGGAUUUCCUUCUAGAAGUUCUUUUCCUGACAAUCCUGAAUCCUCGUUAUUGAGUCGACAGAAUGGUGAUAAGAUCUGGCCGAGCCACAAAUCCCCGCGAGUCGAUUUAUCUGAGCAAUAUAUCAAUGAAGCUGGAAAGGGUGACUGUUUAGAUGAAAUGUUUACUGGAAAGAGUGAUGAUCCUUUUGUUAUAGAUUUGGGUUAUACUAAUGUAUUGGAUCAUGAAAAGCAAACAGAGAGGUUUGAGGAAUAUAAGAAAGACUAUAGGGAAGAUGUUGACAUGCCUGAUAUACCUGAAUACCAGAUUUGGGAAAUGGGGGAUACACAUAGCUCUGGAAGAAGCAGCAAAUGUCUCAGAGGUGGACGUCUCCAGCGCCUUUCCUUGCCACACAUUAAGCUCCGUUCUUCUCUUGAUAGUUGCCUUAUGGCUCAGAUGCAUAAGGAACAUGCUGGAAUAGAGGAAUUUCUUCGUACCCCUCUACCUUCGCCUUGUACUCCUGCUUUAAGGUCAUUUCUUGUUAACAAUUAAAGACAAGUA